CUAAGUUUCUUCCCAGCCAUGAAACUGUUUUUGGCAACUCUCUCCGUGGCAUUGGCCUUGGCCGCCGCCUCCCCGACGGGUCUCAACCGGACCGCCCUGCUACCCAGGGUGACCGUUUCCGAGGGUCCCGAGGGUCGCAUCGUCAACGGCUACCCAGCUCCCGAGGGCAAGGCUCCCUACAUUGUGGGUCUGCUCAUCCGUACCGAUGGAAGCAAUGGUGCUGCUGUCGGUGCUGGCACCAUCAUCGCCAACAACUGGAUCCUGACCGCCGCCCAUUGCCUGACCACCGACUACGUGGAGAUCCACUACGGCUCCAACUGGGGCUGGAACGGCGCCUACAGGCAGACCGUCCGCCGCGACAACUUCAUCAGCCACCCGAAUUGGCCAUCGCAGGGUGGUCGGGACAUCGGUCUGAUCCGUACUCCCCAUGUGGACUUCAAUGGCCUGAUCAACAAGAUCCCCCUGCCCAGCUUCAACGAGCAGAACGAUCGUUUCCAGGACACAUGGUGCGUGGCCUGCGGAUGGGGCGGCAUGGACAACGGAAACCUGGCCGACUGGCUGCAGUGCGUCGACGUGCAGAUCAUCAGCAACAGCGAGUGCGAGCAGGCCUACGGCUCUGUGGCCGGUACUGACAUGUGCACCCGCCACUCCGACGGCAGGUCGGUGUGCGGCGGCGACUCCGGUGGCCCUCUGGUCACACACGACAACCCUCGUCUCGUGGGCGUGAUCACCUUCGCCUCCGUCAGCUGCCACAACGGUCCGUCUGGCUACACUCGCGUCUCCGACUAUCUGGGAUGGAUCCGCGACCACACCGGCAUUUCUUACUAAAUGCACGGGGCAUAGCAAAUGACAAUGCGGAGGUUUGCUUAGCAAAGUCAUUGCUUUUUAAUAAAUUCAUUCAAUAACUGCAA